AUGAUUUCUGCUACAAAUUGGGUCCCAAGAGGGUUUUCAUCGGAAUUUCCUGAAAAAUAUGUUUUAGAUGAUGAGGAGGUGGAAAGAAUCAACCAAUUAGCACAAUUGAAUUUGGAUGAUGCUAAAGCUACUUUGGAGGAAGCCGAAGGAAAAUCGGGUGUCGAAGGUGACGCCGGGACAGGUGGUUCUGAUAAGUUGAAGGAUCAGCUAGACAUAGACGAUGAUUUGAAAGAGUAUAACCUCGAAGAAUAUGACGAAGAAGAAAUUGCUGAUGAUGAAGAUGGUAAAGAUGUAUCCAUGUUUCCUGGCCUAAGUAAUGAUAGCGAUGUUAAAUUUCAUGAAGGUGAAGAAGGUGAAGAUCCAUAUAUUUCAUUGCCUAAUCAAGAGGAUAGCCAAGAGGAGAAACAGGAAUUACAAGUUUAUCCAUCCGAUAAUUUGGUUCUUGCCGCAAGAACAGAAGAUGAUGUUUCGUAUCUGGAUAUCUAUGUUUACGACGAUGGUGCCGGGUUCCACAGCAGCGAUAUUCCCGUUGAAGAAGGUGAUCAGGCUGACCCAGAUGUUGCUCGUGGGUUAGUUCGUGAUCCUGCACUAUACGUUCACCAUGACUUAAUGUUGCCAGCUUUCCCAUUAUGCGUGGAGUGGCUUGACUACAAGGUUGGAUCCAAUUCCGAAGAAGCUGCCAAUUAUGCUGCAAUUGGUACGUUUGACCCACAAAUUGAAAUUUGGAACUUAGACUGUGUCGACAAGGCCUUCCCAGAUAUGAUUCUGGGUGAACCCCUUGACAAUUCAAUGGCAUCUUUGAAAAGCAAAAAGAAAAAGAAGAAGUCUAAAACUGAACACAUCACCACUCAUCACACCGAUGCUGUUUUGUCCAUGGCACACAACAAACAUUUCCGUUCCGUUUUAGCAUCCACCUCCGCAGAUCAUACUGUAAAACUAUGGGAUUUGAACUCAGGUAACGCAGCCCGCUCUUUGGCUUCCAUUCAUUCGAACAAAAAUGUUUCAUCAUCCGAGUGGCACAUGUUGAAUGGUUCCGUUCUUUUGACCGGUGGUUAUGAUUCUCGAGUGGCUUUAACUGAUGUUAGAAUUUCCGACGAAAGUCAAAUGAGUAAACAUUGGUCUGUCAUGUCAGGUGAAGAAAUAGAAACCGUUACAUUUGCCAGUGAAAAUAUAAUAUUAUGUGGUACUGAUUCUGGUAACGUAUAUUCUUUCGAUAUUAGAAACAAUGAAAACCAUAAACCAGUUUGGACAUUGAAGGCACAUGAUGCCGGUAUCUCCACAUUGUGUUCGAAUAAAUUCAUUCCCGGUAUGAUGAGUACUGGAGCUAUGGGUGAAAAGACUGUUAAAUUAUGGAAAUUCCCCUUGGAUGAAGCUAAAAAUGCUAGGGGUCCAAGCAUGGUUCUGUCUCGUGAUUUUGACGUCGGUAAUGUCUUGACAUCAUCAUUUGCCCCAGAUAUCGAAGUAGCGGGUACCAUGGUUAUUGGUGGUGUCAAUAAGGUUUUGAAACUAUGGGAUGUUUUCACCAAUAGAUCCAUACGUAAAAGCUUCAAAAGUGAAUUAGAGGAUGUGCAAGCAAGAGCCAAACAGGAAGCCAAGCAACUAGGAAAAAGUUCAAGAAUCGCAAGAAAAUACACCAGUAACGAUAACCCAGAUACUGUUCUAACCAUUGACGAUCAAGGUGAAGACGAGGAAGAAAGAGAAGGUGAAGAUGAGCAUGAUAACAUGGCAUAA